AACCGUUCCGUGGAUGCGAGACGUGGGAGGGGCGUGGAGAGGGGGGAUGCAUGUUGGUUUCAUCAGGAAUGUGAUACGGGAUGCUUUUUUUUCUCGACUUUUGCUGCUCAUUCAUCAGAAAACAUUUCCUUUUGCCGGUGGCGGUUUUUGGAGCGCAGUGACACCACCCCUCUGUCUCUGCGAAGUGACGCCUCUGACACAUGUAUCAGUGAAAUUUGUUCACACCAUCGGGAGCCUUUUUGGUUGCAGAGAAUCUGAUGGUGCCAGUGAUCGGAUGCUGCAGAAGGUUCGCCAUUGUUUCCACCACAAGUCUUGCAGAACUGCCUCAUCAUUGAGAUGUGCACAGUUUCAGUGAAUUGCGAACUGGAAAGAAGGACUGCGGCCGUCCCAAUGGUGCUAUACUACGUCGUAUGUUUCCUUUUAAACUACCAGAGUGCCACAUCUUUCCUCGUCACAGUGGAAGAUGACACCAGCCUUGUCAUGGCGCUGGAGCGAUCGGACCUGAGCGGGUCAGCUUAUAUUGUGAAGAUCACAGGGGAGUCCAAGAACUACUUCCUGGAGUUCGACAAUGCGAACAGCACCGACCUCCCGCCUCCCCUGGUGUUCAACGCCAGCUACCAUGGCCUUUAUUACAUCAUCACUCUCAUGGUGAUGAAAGACAACAUGACCAAGCAGGCCCAGUCCGUCACUGUACUAACAAAACCUCUUCCAGUGACCAACGUCCUGAUACAUGAUUAUAAGCCAUCCCCUGAGAAAGGAGUGAUCUUUGAGAUCAAGUACCCAGAAAAGUUCAAUGUUUUCACAAGAGUAAACAUCAGCUACCUUGAAGACAAGGAGCAGCGCUCCAUGCUGUAUAAAGAUUUCUUCAGGGGGAAAACAGUUUUCAAGCACUGGUUGCCUGGGAUGUGCUACAGCAACAUUACAUUCCAGCUGGUGUCUGAAGCCACAGUCAAUAGGAGCACCUUGGUCAGAUACAGUGGGGUCGGACACGAGCCCAAACAGCACAGAACUGUUCCCAACCCUCCCACCAACAUCUCCCACCAGAUGGUCCACAUCACCGCGGGUACCUUUUCGGGUGAGGCCGAGGCUGGGAGCAGCCAGGGGGAAGAGGAGGCCAGCACUCUGCUGCCUUACGACCUGACGGAGCACAUGAACGAAUCCUACAGCUGGGUAGAUUACAACUACAAUGGCUCGGACACCCAGCCCUCUCCCACACCCACCCCGACCCAGCCCUCCUGGCCCUCCUUUGGGCCACCCAGCCCUGGUGAGAGUGAAGAGUUUGUGAACCGGCCAGUGGAGGAUUACGAGGAUCAAAACGAGCUGGGCUCGGCUGCCGUGUCUCCCCCAGCCACCACCCCAUUCCCCGCUCUGUUGCUGCAGCUCCAGUGGCUGCCUCCACUCCCCCCCACCUCCUACGACGGCUUCAACAUCUACAUCUAUAGGGACGGGAACUCCACUGACGUGGUCGGCGUGGACGAGCACACCCGUGAUUUCUCCGUGGAGCUGAAGGAGCCGGGGACGUACACUGCAUCUAUCACAACGGUCAGCUCGUCAGGGGUGUGUGAAGCACGAGAGAGCACCAGCGACACCAGCUUCACUUUCUACCUGAGCCCUGAAGGAGAGUGGUUUGAGGCAUUACAAGAGAGGCCCCGGGAUGUGAGCGUGAGGCUGCUGAGCUCCACCAGUGCCUCCCUGUCCUGGAGCCCGUCCCAGGAGGCACACAGUGGCAGCCUGGUCUCGGUGCGCUCCCUCACCUGCAACAAACCCAAACCGAGCCAGAGGAUGGAGAACCAUUACUGCACCCAGGUGAACUCCAGCAGGAGCAGGAGUAUUGAGAACCUGACUCCAGGAGCACAGUACCAGGUUGUGGUCUAUCACAAGAACGGGCCUCUGGUUGGACCGCCUUCAGAACCAGUAAUAUUUGGAAUAGAACCCACUGGGAUCCGGGACCUGGUUCUGUACCCACUGGAGCCCACGGCGCUCAUUCUGAGCUGGAGCCGACCCUACCACGUGACCUUUCGCAAAUAUGUGGUAGAAAUGUUCUAUUUCAACCCAGCCACGCUGACCUCAGAGUGGAGCACCUACUACGAGAUCGCUGGCACAGUUUCCCUAACGGCCUCAGUGAAAGUGACCAAUCUACUGCCUGCCUGGUACUAUAACUUCCGUGUUACCAUGGAGACCUGGGGAGAGCCGGAACUCAGCUGCUGUGACAGUUCCACCGUGAGCUUCAUCACAGCCCCUGAAGCCCCAGAGAUUUCCUCGGUCGAAUACUCCGACAGGCUGCUGAAUAUCGGCUGGAAAUACGGCGAAGGCUACACGGAUCUGGCCCACUCCAGGAUGCUGCACUGGCUGGUGGUGGCGGAGGGGAGGAAGAGGGUGAAGAAGAGCAUCUCUUCUGAUGUGUCUCGGAGUGUCAUGAGAGCAGUGCUGAGCUUGCCUCCUGGAGACAUCUACAACCUCACAGUCACGGCCUGCACCGAGCGCAGCAAGAACACGUCCCAGCCGAGAAUCAUCAAACUGGAACCAGCCCCUCCGAAGUCUUUGUUUGCUGUUAACAAGAGCCAGACCUCUGUGACAUUGCUGUGGGUGGAGGAGGGGGUGGUCGACUUCUACAGGGUCUUCUGCAAGCAAGUGGAGUCAGACGGAGAGCUGAAGCAGCUGAGUGUGAACUCUCAUAUGGUUACCGUCUCCAGCCUGCUCCCCUCAACAGCCUAUAACUGCAGUGUGACCAGCUUCAGCCACAGCACUCCCAGCGAGCCUGCCUACAUCAGGGUCUCCACACUGGUGCCUGAGAUGAACCCCAAUGUGUUGGUGAUCUCUGCGCUGGCUGUCCUCAGCAUCCUGCUCCUCGGCCUGCUCCUGCUCCUCCUCCUGGUGCUCAGGAAGAAACACAUGCAGAUGGGCAGGGAAUGUGGUGCCGGGACAUUUGUUAACUUUGCUUCCUUGGAGAGGGGUGGGAAGCUGCCCUAUAACUGGCGCAGGAGCAUUUUUGCCUUCCUCACCCUCUUGCCGUCAUGCCUUUGGACUGACUAUCUCAUGGCUUUUUAUAUUAAUCCCUGGCGCAAAACAGCUUUGAAGAAGAGGAAGCUAACAAACCCGGUCCAGUUAGAUGACUUUGACACCUACAUGAAAGACAUGAACAGAGACUCUGGUUACAAGUUCUCUCUGCAGUUUGAGGACCUGAAGCAUGUGGGCUUGGAUCUCCCACACGAAGCUGCAGACCUGCCUGUAAACAGAGCCAAGAACCGAUACACCAACAUCCUGCCUUAUGACUUCAGCCGUGUGAAAUUGAUUUCCAUGCACAAUGACGAAGGCUCCGAUUACAUCAACGCCAAUUACAUUCCUGGGUACCGGUCUCCUCAGGAGUAUAUCGCCACCCAGGGGCCCCUGCCUGAGACCAGGAACGACUUCUGGAAGAUGGUCCUUCAGCAGAAGUGUCACAUGGUGGUCAUGCUGACCCAGUGCAGCGAGCGGCGGCGAGUAAAAUGUGACCAUUACUGGCCUUUCACCGAAGAGCCUGUUGCGUACGGAGAUGUCACCGUGGAGAUGACGUCCGAGAAGGAAGUGACGGAGUGGGCCAUUCGCAACUUUAGACUGAGCUACGCGGAUGAGAUUCAGGACGUCCUGCAUCUGAACUACACCUCCUGGCCAGACCACGGUGUGCCCACCGUCAACGCAGCCGAAAGCAUCCUACAGUUUGUACAGAUCGUCAGGCAGCAGGCUGCCAGGAGGAAAGGACCUGUCCUGGUGCACUGCAGUGCUGGUGUGGGAAGAACUGGGACCUUCAUAGCCUUAGAUCGCUUGCUGCAGCACAUACGGGAGCACGACUUUGUGGACAUUCUGGGGCUGGUGGCAGAGAUGCGAUCCCACAGGCUGUCCAUGGUGCAGACAGAGGAGCAGUAUGUAUUUAUUCACCAGUGUGUAAAGCUGAUGUGGAGGAAGAGGAAACAGAUCCACAGCGCUGGAGAAAUCAUCUACGAGAACACCAGCAAGUCCUAACUGCAGACUUGCACAGUGUAAAGACAGUCCACUUACCUCCUUCCCUUGCUUCAGGCUUUAGUGCUUGCUUUCUGCCAGGAAAGACUUUUCCUGCCAUUGAUACCAAAAAACAACCAAGAAAACAAAACAAACAAAAGAAACA